UCUAUUGGAGAAACAAAAUUACGUCAUUUCCAUAUUUAUAAUGGCGACCUCCAGCUCUUGUGAAAGUAACUUGGCACCAACAGAAUUUGACUUGGCCAGCUCAGUAGAAAGUUCCUCUGGGCUGACGGUUGCAGUGGAACGAUGUCCUUUAUGUGAUGGAAGUAGGAGAUCAUUUUAUUGCAGAGAUUGUGUGAAUGGCGGCCUGUUUGUUCACUCGACUGGAAGCCACCCUGAAAGGUACAGGGAAAAAAGUCAUAAGCUAGAAUUAUUACAAAAAGAAAGACGGGGACGAUUGGAAAGGGUACAAGAUGCACUUAAAAAUCAUUUAAAAAGGGACCAGAAAAUAAGUGAAAUUGAACAAUGCAGAGAAAGGAUCAAGCUUUUAAAAAAGGCCCUUGCUGCAGCAAAAGAAGUGAGAUUAAAGGGCAAAGACUUUUGUGAUAAACAGAAGAGAGAAAACUACCAGCGAGUCGUAAGAGGUCGAAGACAUGAAGAGAAGAAAAGGCGCAUCUGUUCCUACAUAGAAACUGUGAGGGCAACAAAUGAAGAUAAACAGCAGCUCUGCAUAGAAAAGAAAAGAGAACUAGCGGCAGAGAGAAAAAUCCAGGUGGAAAGAUUGGUGCAGUUUAUUUUUCAGGUGGAAGAGGUGGCUCUGGUCAGUGAAACAGACUCAAUGGCUGUGAGCACAGUGAGUGCACUCCGAGAUGCCAGUCACACAGCGUAUGUUAGAGGACAGUGGGUAUACACAGAUGGUAGUGGGGAGGCUCAGCACAGAAUUGUGGAGCCCACAUUACCCUGUAGUGGGGAUUACUCAGCAUAUAACUUGUGGGUGGCUGCAAGCCAGGAAAAUGGUGGUAACCCUGACAACAGUUUGAGAAAUCCUGGUCACAGAAUCAGUGCUGGGUUGUGUUAUGCCAGUCAGAUGACUGCUGUACUUAGUCAUAUAUUGGAUAUCCGUCUUCCUAGAAAACAGCCUUACAGUGACUUCUGUACCAAUGAAAUAACAGAGAGGCAGUUUAAACACAGUGUGGCCUGUUUAAACCAGAAUAUCUUGUAUUUGUGCUUUGCCCAGAAUGUUCCAAAUCCAGAACAAUUAGAUCCCAGAAACACACUUCAGAAUAUUGUGGUGCUACUGUCAUGUCCAUCACUGGGAAGGAAUUCCAAUUUUGAAAUCGACAGAAAUCUAAUGGCUUCCAUCGAAGACUCCGUUAUCCUCCAGGAGGAGGACUCGGACACUGGUGGAGGAGAGGACGAACUGAUCAGUGACUGGGAGCAGGUCACAGAGGAUGUGUCGGAUAUGUCUGAUGUUCCAACCCGAGCCGGAUACAGCAGCACAAUAUCCAACAUCCAGACCAUGUCUUAUCCAGGUCAGCCUCCAGAACAACUGACAGCCAGUGGAUUUGUCACCACUGCUGCUACUUCAUUCAUGUCAUUAUUCAGGGGAGGUGAUCAGAAGAGCUGAAGAAAGAGAACCUCCAAUGAUAACAAAAGUUAAUGUAAAGCAUCAACAUG